AUGUCGACGAAGAAUUUUAAACCGCAAUCGAUGUUGUGUCAAGGAGGAUUCGGCAAAGUUUACGGAAGAUGGAUCGAAGAGACUCGUUUUCCUCCUUCUGUUUCCUCCACUGACGACUCAAGUUCUGAAGAAGAAGAAGAAGAAGAAGAAGAAACACUUGUGGUACUUAGUGAUGAUAGUGAUUCUGAUGAGGAAGAUAUAACUCUCCGGUUAAGCAAACGUCCAAGUUUUUCAUCACCCAAAUCCGUAACUCUCCCAAAUUCCAAUGUUCUUGAUUGCCCAAAUUGCUUCAACCCAUUGAAAAAACCAAUCUUUCAGUGUAACAAUGGGCAUCUAGCUUGUUUCUUAUGCUGCAUCAAACUGAAGAAGCGAUGCUCGUUCUGCGAAUUGCCUAUCGGGGAUGUUCGAUGUAGAGCCAUGGAGAAGAUCAUAAAAGCAGGGCUAGUCUCAUGUUCAAAUGCAAUGCAUGGUUGUAAGCAGAGCACCACGUAUGGAAAUAAAUUACUACUCCAUGAGAAAGUGUGUGUUUUCUCCCCAUGUUCGUGUCCCAUAAAAGAUUGCAACUACAUUGGCUCCUACAAGGAUCUCAACAACCACUUCCGUGGUACGCACAAACAGAGUCCGGGUGAAAUCAUGUCGUUUGUGCUAAAACGUCCUAGAAUAUUUGGCUUGGAGCUGGACGUUAGUGAUAAUAACAUGGUGAUUUUUCAAGAAGAGAAAGAAGGUGAUGUGAUUGUAGUUCAACGUUUCAUCGGAUCUCCCGGUGUGUAUGUGACUGUGAGCCAUAUUGCGCCUAUGGUUCCCGGAGUGCGCAAAUUCUCCUGCAGUCUUGCCAAACUCAAACAGUAUAGCACACUAAGACUUGGGUUGCGGGUUAAGAAUAUUCAGAAACCAAGAUCUCAAGAAGAGCAGCCUGAAGAUGACUUCAUGUUGAUACCUUCUUAUAUGUUGAGUGGUGAUCAUUUGAAGAUGCAGAUUUGCUUCGGCGAGGAAGAUGACUUUAUUCAUAUGUUAGGUCAGUAGAAGAAGUAGGGACUCUGUUUGGUAAUGAGGUCAAUUUGAGUUUGUAGU